AUGAACCGCCUCCAGCCGCUCCUCCGUGCGUCGCAGCACGCGACCUCGUCGCGCGUGACGCUUGACGCUCUCGCGUCUCUGUCCGCGCGCUCCUUCGCCACGUCCGCGGCCGCCCAGGCGGGACCGCGCCGCAAGCCUGUCGAGGUCGAGGUCCCUCCUCUCCGCUGGGAGCCCGAGUCGCCCGAGCCGUACCGCAACUCGAACGGCCUCGCUGACCGCGCCCCGACGCAUACCCUCACCAUCGCCUGCUCCGCGAACAACUGCAUCCUUACCUUCACCGACCGCAUCGGCCCCCUCGUCCCCAACACGUUUGCGGGACAGGCAAAGAAGUUCAAGGGUGCGCAGCGAGGAUCAUAUGAGGCCGCGCACCAGGCUACGGUCCGUAUGAUUGAGCAGAUCAAGAAGGUUGCGGAGGAGUUCAGGCAACGCCAGGAGAAGAAUCCGGAAGAAGAGGCGCUCGCAUUGGCUGGUUUCUUCGCACCAGAGCUUUCGGACUUCAGGACGCGGCGGCGUCUCAAUGAGCAAACAGCUAACGAUACAGACGUUGAGCGCAUGUACAUUCGUGUUGCGUUCAAGGGCUUGUUCGGGCACGGGCGCGACGCCGCCGCUACCGCCAUCGGUGGACCUGAGGGCGAGGACAUCCGUAACCUCAUCACUCGCGUUGAGGACCGCACCCCGAUCAAGAUCGGAGGAACCCGUGCGCGCCGACCUAGGAGGGUUUAG